AUCAGCUUACGUCUAACCGAAAAAUUAUUUACAAGUUGCUCAUAAGAAUCAGAGUCACUGACACUGUUACUCUCCCUUCCCUCACACUCACCUGCUUUCCAAAAAAUGGCGUUACAGUCUCAUAUUCUCAAGAAAAUCAUACAAAAAUCCAAACCCACUUCUCUUGUUUACAACAACAUCAAUCUCUUCUCUUCAUCUGCUGCUUCCACCGCCGCCACCACCACCACUCCAUCCGCCACCGCCACAGCCACCGAUCCUCCGCCACCAAAGCUCCCACCUUUCAACUAUGAUCCCAAACCCUACAAAGGCCCAUUGGCCGAUGAGGUUCUUAGCAAACGAAAGAAAUUUCUGGGUCCUUCUCUUUUCUACUACUAUCAAAAACCUUUAAAUAUUGUUGAAGGGAAGAUGCAGUAUUUGUUUGAUGAAAGUGGGAGGAGAUAUUUGGAUGCGUUUGCUGGAAUAGUGACGGUUUCAUGUGGUCACUGUCAUCCUGACAUUUUGAAUGCUAUUAUGGAACAGAGCAAGCUUCUUCAACAUGCUACUACUAUCUAUUUGCAUCAUGCUAUUGCUGAUUUUGCUGAGGCUUUAGCCGCUAAGAUGCCCGGAAAUCUUAAGGUUGUGUAUUUUGUAAAUUCUGGGUCGGAAGCUAAUGAAUUAGCAAUGCUGAUGGCCAGACUAUACAGUGGUAAUCUAGAUAUGAUUUCUUUAAGAAAUGCUUAUCAUGGAGGAAGCUCUAAUACAAUUGGACUAACUGCUCUAAACACAUGGAAGUACCCUAUACCACAGGAUGACAUUCAUCACGUUGUUAAUCCAGAUCCAUAUCGAGGGAUUUUUGGUUCUGAUCCAUCUGGAUAUGCCAAAGACGUGGAAGAUCACAUUGCAUAUGGUACUUCAGGAAAAGCUGCUGGAUUUAUAGCUGAAACUAUUCAGGGAGUUGGAGGAACAGUUGAAUUGGCCCCUGGGUACUUAAAACUGGUUUAUGACAUUGUACGCAAUGCUGGCGGUGUCUGCAUUGCUGAUGAAGUUCAAACUGGAUUUGGUCGCACAGGAAGCCAUUAUUGGGGUUUUGAGACACAAGGAGUCAUUCCUGACAUAGUUACCAUGGCCAAGGGUAUUGGUAAUGGUUUACCACUAGGAGCAGUAGUGACAACACCAGAAAUAGCAAGUGUUAUGUCUCAGAAGAUUCAAUUUAACACGUUCGGCGGCAAUCCUGUUUGUUCUGCUGGUGGGCAUGCGGUACUGAAAGUUCUUGACAAAGAGAAGCGUCAAGAACAUUGCGCCAAUGUGGGUUCCCACAUUAUUAGCCGCUUGAAAGACCUUCAGCUAAAACAUGACAUCAUUGGAGACGUAAGAGGGAGGGGUUUAAUGGUGGGAAUAGAACUUGUUACAGACAGGAAGGAGAAGACACCAGCCAAGGCAGAAACCACAGUUCUUUUUGAGAAACUCAAAGAUCUUGGUGUUCUAGUUGGGAAAGGUGGACUGCAUGGAAAUGUUUUUCGAGUGAAGCCACCUAUGUGUUUCACCAAAGAUGAUGCAGAUUUUCUCGUGGAUGCUUUGGACUAUUCUAUGUCAAAGCUGUGAGGAUCAAAGAUGUUCGGAUGAGUUGAAUGUGUAACACUCAAACCUUCAAAUGUCAGAUCUUUCAUUUCCAUUUAUUAAUUUCAGUAAUAGUAAGAAAAUUGUAAUGAGCUCAUUCCUUCUAUUGCAUGAGAUAGUAUGAUCAGAAAUAGGAAUCCCAGGUGAGAAAGUUUAGCAUUGGCAA